CCAACUGAAAAAAAAAUCUCUCCAAACUUCCAGCGAAUAAACCAAACUCUUUGAGAGGACAAAACAACAGACUGGAAGUAGUCAUCAUCACUGCAAAAUAUCUGUGUUAUGAUUUGAAGAAACUGGCCGGAAAGAGAGUGAGAGAGAAGAUUGAAGUAAAAAAAAAUAUAAAGGAAAGGAAGAGAGGAAGAAAAAAAAAAAGAUACAUAGAAGGGGAGGAGUAGAGAGAGAGGCACAUAGGGACAAAGUGCUAGUACUGUAUACAGGGACGGACUGAGAAACUAGAACAUAAUUGGAGGUGAAUAAAGAAAUAUAAACACAGGGAAUAUAAACAAGACGUGCAGGGGAAGCCGCGUGUGAAGAAACAGUGAGUGGAGUAUAGAAAGAAACAUAAAGAAGUCAGAAGAGGCUGCUGUGUUUUCUACUGAUUCAUUUAUUAUCUGUUAAAGACCCCACCCCACAGCGUGCAGAGAGGAUGGUGAGGUGCUGUAGGACUAAACAGCACCAUGUAGGGUGGUUACUGGGCGCCCAGUUAAUGCUACUGGUUCUGCUGCCUUGUUUGUACCCUUUUGCUGGGGCAGAAGAACCUUCCUGCCAGGGAGCAUUCGAUUUGUACUUCGUGUUGGACAAGUCUGGAAGUGUGGCGAAUCAUUGGCCUGAUAUCUAUGGAUUUGUGGAACAUCUCACAGAAAGAUUUGUGAGCCCUCGAAUGAGAUUGUCCUUCAUAGUGUUUUCUACACAGGCUAGAGUUAUUCUGCCAUUAACUGGAGACAGAGACAUAAUCAAAAAGGGACUUCAAGAGCUGAGUAAAGAAAAACCUACAGGGGACACGUACAUGCAUGAAGGCUUCAAACUAGCAAAUGAACAAAUUGAGAAGGCAGGAGGAAAAAGUACUGCCAGUAUUGUUAUUACGCUGACAGACGGCAAGUUGGAGGGUCAGAUACCUGUGUUGACAGUUAAAGAGGCUGAUAAAGCACGGCUUUUGGGCGCAAGAGUCUACUGUGUCGGAGUUUUCAAUUUUGUUUAUGAUCAGCUAGUAAAAAUUGCUGACUCCAAAGAUCAUGUGUUUCCGGUAGAAGGUGGAUUUGCAGCUCUGAGGGGGAUCAUCAAUUCAAUUUUGAAGAAAUCGUGUACAGAAAUUUUGUCUGUGGAUCCAUCGUCUGUAUGUGUUGGGGAGGAAUUUCAAGUUGUUUUGUCAGGAAAUGGAUUUUUACUAGGCCGGCAUGUAGACAAUGUUACCUGUUCCUACCAAGCAAACUCAACAGUGAUUCAUGCCAAACCAAUCUCUGUCCACUCCCAAACUAUGCUUUGUCCAGUUGCGGUUCUACAUGAAGCAGGACAAACUAUGGACGUUUGGGUGAGUGUAAAUAAAGGGAAAACUGCUAUAACCAACCCUCAGACCAUCACUGCUUCUAGCUGUACCAAUGGCUUAGCAGCAGUCAUUGCAAUUUUGGUCAUCCUUAUCCUCAUAGCCAUUGGAUUGCUUUGGUGGUUUUGGCCUCUCUGCUGCAAACUGGUUAUCAAGGAUCCGCCACCUCCUCCUCCGGCUCCAGUGGAGGAACCAGAAGAAGAGGUCCUACCUCCUAAAAAGUGGCCUACAGUGGAUGCAUCUUAUUAUGGUGGUCGAGGUGUUGGUGGCAUCAAAAGAAUGGAGGUACGUUGGGGCGAUAAAGGCUCUACAGAAGAAGGUGCAAGAUUGGAAAAAGCCAAAAAUGCUGUAGUGACAUUGCCCGAGGAUGAAGAAGAACCUUUUCAACCCAGACCUCAGAAGCCUAAAAAUACCUCACAGCUGCCUUCAACAAAAUGGUACACGCCAAUUAAAGGUCGCCUUGAUGCACUUUGGGCGUUGUUGCAGAGACAAUAUGAUCGAGUUUCACUGAUGCGACCUCAACAAGGAGAUGAGGGUCGUUGUGUAAACUUCUCAAGGGUUCCAUCCAGUUAAAUUGAGAGAAAACUGCCCUACCUGAUUAGCCUUCAAGCAAGAAACAUAUAUAAUACCUUUGAUAAACACCACUGAAAAAAAUGUGCCUUGCCUUGGAACACAUGGACUUCUAAAACUAUUUUUAAUUUUUUUAUUUUUAUAAUUAUAUUUUGUUUUCUCGUUUCUAAAUGCACAAGUAUAGAAAUAUUACAAUGCAGAGUAUCUUAAAAGAUGAAGUGAUGUACUAUCAAGUUACCAAAAACAAAACAGCCAGAAGUCAGUUAUUCAGAAAUGGCCAAUGGAUGCUCCACGUUUAUUUGGAAACACAAAGCUGCAAGGAUAUAAAACCAGUGUUUCCAUUAAAAUCGAGACUUCUGGCCAGGAGCGGAGGAAUAUAAUUCCCACCCGGCUAAGCAAGUGCAAAAGUUCGUUGGCUGAUAGCAAUGUCAUUGCAUAGAAUCUUUUUUUUAAUAUCCCCAUCUCAGUGUGCCUUACGGGUACCUUCUGACUACAAAUCUUGCCAUUGUAACACUGAGAAGUGCACACACAUGACAAAGUAGACAUAUGCCUGGAGGCAUCGAUAGGCAGUUUUGAAGACACCUUUCUUUCAUUAUGCACUUGAGAUAGGAAGAAAAUUAAUAGAGCGUUAUCCUGCAGAAAGACAGCCUUUAACCAAAGAUCUUGAACUAAGUUGGACGGACUGAUACAUCAAGACCCAUGACACUUUGGUAACUGGAUCAUAUUUACCUAUUUUGCCUGCCAAAGUUCAACAGGGCAUAAAAGAUUAUAAUAUAUAACCAUACCUUGUAGUCAUAGGCUGUGCUAUAGAUUCUUUUUAUUUUUAUUUUUUUACAUAUAUUUUUUUUGCAAACAAAAUUAUGAUUAAAAAUAAAAUAAAAUAGCCAAAUUCAUGAUGUUGGGCUGCAUUCCCUCCCCCAAAUCUCCAAAGGCUCUUCAGCGUCACAAUUCAGCAACUCUCAUUGCAUGAGAAUUUCAAAGUUUAAUUAAUAUAAUUAAAGGCAACAGCAAGCAGCAGCCUGUGAAGAUUUUGCUCAUCUUUUUUAUGCCUUUUGACAUUGAAUGACCUACCACUGUAUGCGUAUUACUCAUAUUUCGAAAGAAUUGUGCAUUGGCUAUGAUUCAACAGGGAAAAGACCUCUUUUUAUCAAUUAAUAAUUUAAACACAGACAAGUGUGCCACCCUUCACAAUCAAAAUGUAUGUAUUGUAAUUUAUUAUAUAUUAUUUUUUUUUUAGAAGAAAAACAGCGUUGUGUCACGUUGACGAUUCUAAAUUAUGUUAGCGUGAGCGGAAACACUGUGGGGGAGGAAGGAGGCAGCAGCUGAAGAAAAAGGCUCAAAUGAUCUAGUCACUUUCGAUACUGUACUUCAGAUGCAAAAUGGAUAUUCGAGUCGAAACCUGACAAAGCGCGCCUGCUUUGAUGGGAACUGGUAUAGACAAUGACCAGUGGCUGGGUCAGUGGGAUGUCUCUCUGCGAGCAGGGAGGCUUAUCAAAUGACACUAAAAAUAAGUUCAACAACCAUCACAUUUGAGGGGAAAAGGCGAGCAUUUCACAAUUGGUGGGCAUACAUGUGCGCAAGAUGGGAAGAGCAAUGCUUCCUGGUCUAAUUAUCCUUUUUUUUUUUUUUUUCAUCAAAAUUGCAAGGGACAUAAAUAAUUCUCUUGGUCGUUGUCCAAAGAUAUGGCACUGCCCAAAUAGUGUCUCUCUUAUAUACACUUUGUGCUUGAGCUGAUUUUUUUUUUUUGCGGGGGGGGGGACUAUGUCAACAAUGCGUGCAAAUAGGUUCUGAGCUUUAGUGUUUAUCAUAUAUAUAAAUAAACAUAUAUUAUUUUUCAUAUGUACAACUUACACCAUAGACAGCCCUGCACUUCCGUUUUUUUUUAGCAAAUGCUUCCAAUGUUUAUUACACCACGGUUAUCAUUUCUGUAUUUUACAAAGAAAUAUUUUAUAGAUUAACUCACCAUGUUUAUUUAUAUUUCAUUCAUUUUUAAUGUUUGUAGUGUUAGCUAUAAAACCUAUGGUUCUUAAUUUUAAUAAUAUAUAAAGCACCUCAUCCACCCAUUCAGAGUACAACAUUUAAUUAAUUUGCUAUUUUGAUAUUUAAAAUUAAGAUCAUAGAAAUUUUGAAGCAUUGCUGAAAACUUAAAGAAGAGGUAAAAACCCUUUUUAAAAAGAAUUGUUCUUAAUAAGCGUUAUUUCAUUAGUUACACGUUUUUAUGUUUUAAACCUAAAACCUUUCAUACUAAUUUCUACAGAUAAUAGAAUGAUUUUUAUAAAUGGUCAAUGGCAACCGAUAACAAAAGAUUAUCUAUAGAAUAAAAAUAAAUUAUUUGAUAAUGUAAAUUUUAGGUCAUUUUCUAAUUUGAAAAUAUUAUUUGAUAUUCUAAGUGUGCUUCAGUAUUUUCCAAAGGGCUAUCAAAUAGUAAAAGAAAAUACUUUUCUGAAUGUAAUAUUGUAUUGCUUUUUACAUAGAAAUAUUCUUUAGUUUGGUCUAUAAUGUGUAAUAAAUUAUAAAAUUGAAUUUAUGUUUUAGUCCAAACUAUAUACAAAUUCAAAUAAGUUUUCAACUUAAAAUAGACUGAAAGAUAAAGGUUGAGAAGUAUUAUUAGAUAUCAGUUUUAUCAAUCUUUAUACAUUUGGUUUUCUUACAGGCCAAACCAAAAUUUACAUACUUAAGACUGGUCUCAAUUUAGGUACGUAAAUGUAUUUCAAAUUCAACUAUUCAUUGGUGUUAAUGAAAAAUAUAAAAAAAUUAAUUUUUGUGUAAUACAAUUAAAUUAGAUUUAUAAAGAUUUAAAGGACAUACAUUGAAAAUCCAAUGAAUGGUUCCAACUAUUUACAGCUUCAUUAAAGGUUUGUUUUCUGAUUUUAUUUGAUAUUUUUUAUAUAUAUAUUUAUAAAUUUUCCAAUAUGUUUUUGAGACAGCAUCAAAAGUAAAAAAAAAUAUACAUAUUGUUAUAGAUAUUGUACAAAUAAAUACUGCAUUAUGGAAAGUGCAUGAUUUUAGACUGCAAACUUUGUGUGUCAUGCGAGUUAAGAAUAUAUAUUCAUGAGUAUGUAUGUAUAGUUUUGUCUUUUUAAAUAAAAAUAAAUUGAAAUGAAAAAAAA